AUGUCGCAACUAAUUCAGCAGGACGACGUUCCUGUCCCUGCUACGGUUGAGGAGAACUCGAGAGAUCCAUCUACAAUUGAUGAAGAUGCCGCGUUAUUGGAAACGCUGGGUUACAAACAGGUCUUGCAUCGAUCAUACACUUUUCUAGAAAACUUCUCAACUACUUUUGCGGCUCUAUACUUUGUUGGCGGUGUUCGUGUCACCUUUAGCACCGGAAUCGCCAGUGGCGGUAACCUUGCCUACUGGACGAGUUAUCUGGUCACCCUUGUAUUCAGCUUCAUAACAGCAGCCGUUAUUGCCGAAGUAUGCUCGGCUUCCCCUUCUGCAGGCUCCAUCUAUCUCUGGGCAGCCGAAUCCGGUGGCCCGAAGUAUGGCCGUUUGCUGGGAUUUGUGGUUGCGUGGUGGAGUACCACUGCCUGGACGACGUUUUGUGCUAGUAACACGCAGGCCGCGGCGAACUAUAUGCUUUCGGAAAUUACUGUAUUCAACUUGGACUUUCCCACCGAUCCCAGUGAUGUGAAAUUCCGUGCUGUGCAAUGGGCAUGCACUGAAGUUUUACUCGCAUUAGCUGCAGUCAUCAACUUUAUGCCUCCAAAAUACUUCCGAUGGGUCUUUUACUGCUCCUCCGCCAUGGUCCUUCUCGACUUUCUACUCAACAUGAUCUGGCUUCCCAUCGGCGUGGUCAACACUUGGGGCUUCCGUACCACCCACGAUGCUUUUAUGACCACGUACAACGGCACCGGUGCCCCUGCAGGAUGGAACUGGUGCUUGUCCUAUCUUGCCACUGCUGGUAUCUUGAUUGGUUUUGAUGCUUCAGGCCAUGUUGCUGAAGAAACAAAGAAUGCCUCUGUGGUUGCUGCUCGGGGUAUUUUUUGGAGUACCGUUGUUAGUGGGUUGGGUGGAUUGAUUGUUAUUAUCCUGUUCCUUUUCUGCUCGCCCGAUCCUGAUACCCUUUUCUCGUUUGGUGCGCCUCAACCAUUCGUCUCCCUCUACGCCGUUGUCCUCGGACAAGGGGGUCAUAUCUUUAUGAACAUAGUCUGCAUCGUCGCCUUGUGGUUUAACACCGCAAUCGCCAUUGUUGCCGCCUCCCGUCUCGUCUUCGCCGUAGCGCGUGACGGCGUGCUCCCCUUCUCCGGCUGGGUCUCCCAAGUUUCUGCUGAAGGACAACCCCGCAACGCCGUCAUCGUCGUCUGGGGUGUCGCCGCAUUGGUGUCUUGCACCAUUUUACCGUCUGCCGUCGCGUUCACAUCUCUCAUUUCAGCCGCCGGUGUCCCGUCUGCCGCUGCUUAUGGACUAAUUUGUCUUGGACGAGUGUUUCUCACUCCCAACUCGUUUCCGAAACCGAAAUGGAGUCUUGGGCGGUGGAGCAAGCCGUUUCAAAUCAUUUCGAUUUUUUGGAAUGGCUGGGUUGUGGCGGUUUUGUAUUCGCCGUAUCAGUUUCCUGUAACGGGUCAAACGUUGAACUAUGCACCCGUUAUCAUGGCUGGUGUUACCAUCUUCGCUAUCAUCUCGUGGUGGUUUACUCCGGAAGAUGCGUGGUUGCCCAAGAAGAGAAUCCAGCGUUUUGUGGAGAGCAAGGGCGAAGCAAGAGAGACUACAACCGAAAUCACGGAGUAA